AUGGCAUGUGAGGGCUGUGAUUUGGGAUUGGCGAGGGCGGAGAUGAGUGUGCUGCUGUUCGUGCUGCAGUGUGCCAUUGAUAAUGCUGCCGACAAAAUCACUGGCGGUAAUAGUGGUGGUGACGAGGAGAGUGGUUUGGGCGAGGCUGCUGUGAGUGCGCUGGGUGAUGACAUGGGAAUCCGCAAGGAUGCGGAAAGGGAGGCGAGAACCACUCAAGCAUGGAGGAUGGUGAGGCUGGGGCAGCUGCUACCGGCACGUGGAGUGGGGGUGGGUGGAGGGACGGCUGGUGUGGAGGGAAGAUAUGCUGGUGGCAGCGCUGCCCCUAGUACACGGGUGUCUGGGGAGGCGAGUGGGCGCGAGUUGCUGGAUGGAGAGAUGAGAAGGGAGGAGAUGAGGGAGGCUGAGGAGUUGUGGCACGGGCAGAGUGUGCUUCACAAGGCGGCAUAUCAGGUGCAGAAGGAGAGAAGGGAAAGUCGGGUGCAGUGGCAGGCGGGCACGAUGGCACAGCACAAGGGGCGUGCAGAGUGGAAGGGGGCGGAGCAGCUGCGAGCAGAGCUGAUGCUUGCCCACUUGGGUUUACAGAUGGCUGUAGGCAUGCUGCAACGCACACAGCAGCGCCUAGUGCUCUGGCUAGAGGGUAGCAGAGAGUCUACUGCCUGCCAGCACGCCACAGCAGCAGCGACGGCAGCACAAAGGAUGUCGGUUGUGCUUCCUUGCACAGGGAUUCUCACCCCUGCCCCUGCCAUUGCCCAUGUGCAGCACAAGGUGGGUCUGUGGUGGGCCCGCUGGUCAGCCCGCCUCACACCCCUCCUGCACUCGCUGCACCACCUGCACAGCAAUGCCAUGCCUGUUGCCGACUCCCACCUCCCCCGCCUGCACGCCGCCUUCUCUCUCCUCUCCGCCUCCUUCCACCGCCGCCUCUCCUCCUCCUACUCCGCCUCUUCCUCCUGCCAGCUUGAUGAUAUGGCGCUGCCAUGGGCCAAGGGGGUGGCACUGGAGCCGCUGGUGAGCACAGGGAAGAGUGGCGAGAUGGACGGGUGGAGGGCGGUGAAGGUGGUGGCAGGGGUGUGGACGAGGGAGUAUGCCAGCUGGUUGAAUGGAGCGAAGCGGGUGGCGUGCAAUGGAGCUGGCAUCAAUGGCUUCCCAGCAGCCUCCCUGCCCCUCUGCCAAUCCUCGAGUCCUCCUCCCUCUGGUGGAGCAUUCCCUCUCGUUGCUGCCUGCUACGAUGCACUCCUGUUCUCGCUCUGCCAUCAUCCCAUCCCCCUCUGCCACUCCUCUCCACCACCUGUUCACCUCCCUUCUGCUUCAACCUCCUCCUCCUGCCUCCGCUUCGCGCAGUCUCCAAUACCGCACCCAUCCAACCCUCAGUCACAACCUGCACCACACGCUGCUGCAACUUCCAUCUGCCCUUGUAGCUCUGCUGAACACGUACCAGCCAUCUAG